UCCAAAAUUGGACUUUGAGCGCUGUGGGGAGUGGGAACAAGAAGACCUUCAACAACUUGUUGCUUGUGAUGUUUAUAAAAUGGAUCGCAUUCUCAAAGGUAUAAUGAGGUACAGAAGUGUCAAAAAGGAAAAAAUGGUCAAGCAGUUCAAAGAGGUCAAAGACAACCCAACGCCGAAAGCUGUUUUCUUCACUUGCAUUGAUAGUAGAAUGAUACCGACAAGAUUCACUCAAACCAAUGUGGGGGACAUGUUUGUAGUGCGUAAUGCUGGCAAUAUCAUCCCCCAUUCGCAACACUUCUUAGACGAGCUCACCACCAACGAGCCCGCAGCCCUAGAGCUGGGCUGCGUAGUCAAUGACAUUCGCCACAUCAUUGUUUGCGGCCACAGUGACUGCAAAGCCAUUAAUCUCUUAUACAAAUUACAAGACAGCGAAUUUGCUUCUCAGGACAAUCGCAGGAUAUCCCCCCUUCGCGCCUGGCUCUGCACUCACGCCCUGACCAGUCUUGAAAAAUUCCAACAAUUGGAGGUGACCGACUACGGAAAACCCCUCAUUUUUCAAGCCGAAACACCCAUGAGGAAAUUCGUCGCUUACAUCGACCCCGAAAACAAAUUUACAAUAGAAGAUAAGCUAUCGCAAAUCAAUACCCUACAACAGUUACAAAACAUCGCAAGUUACGGGUUUUUGAAGAAAAGAUUAGAGAAACACCAGCUGCACAUUCACGCUCUUUGGUUUGAUAUUUACACAGGGGAGAUUUACUAUUUCAGUAGGGGGGCGAAACGAUUUGUCGUCAUUGAUGAGGAGAACCUCGACAAAUUGCUCCAAGAGGUGGAAAAAUACUAUUCCUGAAACGAUUUCAAGGCUGUGUUUUUGUUAAAUAAUUUAUUUUUCUACAUUUUGGAUUUUUUAAGUGAAUAAAACUGUAAAAAACGAUUAUUUUAUGGCUCGUGCCAAAAUAUGCAAACUUAAACUACCAAUUACAUACCAUUAUGAUGUUUUGAAGUGGGGUGAUUUCCCUGCCGGUGCACCA